GUGUUUGGGUCUGAGUUUCGUUUCUGACUGACAGACAGCUGAGAGUUGAAAGUGAGCUGUCAGUCCUCCGGUGCCACUGCGGCAUCAUGUUUUCAUGGGGAGAGGACGGUCUGUGGGGCUUUAGGUUAAAAGACGGCUCAGUUGUCGACAGUAGGGCAGCAGGGGCCGGGGUUCAGUAUUCAAACCUCGGCUAUCACAUCACGGAUCUGUCCGCAGGUCACAGGGCGCUCGCUUUCCUCAAAAGUAAUGGGAACUCGUUCAUCAUUCGCAUGAAUGUGAGCGAAGAUGGGAGAAGAGUGAGAGGGAAACAGAAGUUUGUCAACUACAAAGAGAAGAUCCAGGCUGUGAGUUGUGGCGAUGACACGGUCACACUGCUGUCUGAGCGAGGCAGCAUCCUCUGUGUGGACGCAGCUCACACUUACAUUCCUAGGCCCCUGGAAGCUUUGAGUAACAUACCAGUUUCUCAGGUUGCUUGUGGGGGCCAGCAUGCGGUUGCCCUGACCAAAGAUGGUCAUGUAUACACAUGGGGCCAGGACUCCAGGGGCCAGCUGGGUCUGAGGGAGAGGAAUUUAGGCCCCAAUUCACCCCAACACCUCCGAUCUCUGUCAGCGAUCCCCCUGGUUCAGAUCGCUGCAGGGGGAGAGCAGAGCUUCGCCCUCUCUGUCUCUGGAGGUGUGUUCGGCUGGGGCAGAAACGACUGUGGACAGCUCGGGCUGGGAGACACAGCAGACAGACAUACACCAACUCCUGUUCAUUGCCUGAACAUGAAGAAAACUGUUCAAAUUUCCUGUGGAAAGGACCACACUGCCGCCCUGACAAAGGACGGUGCAGUGUUUACAUUUGGCUCUGGUACAUAUGGACAGCUUGGGCACAACUCUUUCAGCAAUGAACUACGACCUCGGCUUGUUGCAGAGCUCUGGGGGGCAAAGGUCACCAAGAUUGCAUGUGGACGACAUCACACCUUAGUGUUGACAAACUCUAAAAGGGUCUACUCCUUCGGGUGUGGAGAGCAAGGGCAGCUGGGACACGGACAGGAGAGCCAUCCGUCUGUGCCGCUACCUGUUCAACUACAAGAAGACGCUGCUGAUGAUCCUAAAAUUACAAACAUCUUCGCAGGAGGAAACUGUUCGUUUGCAACAUGCACGACGAAUGAGGAGGUUCAUGAGGGCUCAAACAUUGCCAGUGUCAGCAAUGUCCCACAGCCUUGUCUUGAUGAUAUGAUUGACAGUUGGACCUCUGAAGGUGAUUCAAAGGCAUGGAAAAAGAUAAAACAGGAAAUCCACAGGAUGUUUUCCUCUGCAUCUUGUGUGAAUAAAAGCUUCCUUGAACAACGCAAAGAUCAACAUUUCCAGACUUCACCAAAGAACUCCGGCCUGAACUUGUCACUUGCACGACGUGCUUUCAAGAAACUGGUAAAGAAGGACAAUGUUUUGGCAGAGGUUGAGGCUGCGGUCCUGCACUUGCUUCCCUCCAUUGAUAAGAAGCCAGUGGGAGUGGAGGGGUUGAGGAUCUUCCUGCUUCUCAAUGAGCUUCUGCAUGUGAUCCGGAGACACAAACGGCGCCACACGACAACGAAGCUCUCUGAGGCGGUCGCUGCUGCCGUACUAAGCUUGUCUGCUGAAAGUCUCCAGGUCAUAGGGAACUGGUGGUCCUCACUGUCGUACUCCACCAUGGUUAAACAUGUUAAAGUGUGGAAGCAUGCCCUCUCAGUGAUCCUGUCCUUUGAGCCUGUUCCUCGCCACUCUGGAGUCAAGAACCUGCUGCUAGUCCUCCAGUAUAUGUACAAUGCCAACAGCAAGAUUCCAGAACCUAAAAGGAUGCCAGAAAGCGACUUUUAUUUGUUGACUGACACAGACUUUCUUUGUGAGGAUCUGCUGCUUUGGCGUUUACGGUCACAACACAAGAACGGGAAUGCUGAGCCUCUUAUCCUUUGUAACUUUCCAUUUGUGAUGGAUCUGCAGUCAAAGAAAAUGGUUUUUGACAAGAAUGCUGAAUACACAAAGUUGGAAACAAUGAGGCACGUCUUCUUCUGGGGUUCUCUUUUGGAAUUUGUAUGCUCACCACCUGGAGCCCUGGUCUUUAUACUGGACCUGAGGAGAGCAUCAGUUUUGGAAGACACCUUUGACCAACUGGCUGCUGCUCAUCACAAUGACUACAAGAAGCCACUUGUGGUUUUUUUUGAUGAAAACCGUACAUUUGAUGAGGUUUCCAUAAAAGACUUCUUCUACGAAGUGUUUCACGAGAUGGUGUCAACUGAAUCUGGAAUGUUCAUGUUCAACAACUCUACGAAAGACAGCAAAACGCUGGCGUGGUUCCCUUCCACAGCUACACAGGAGGACCAGAGAUACUUCCUGUUUGGGGUUCUGUGCGGAAUGGCUUUGUACCACCGGUGCAUCAUAUACUUACCCUUCCCACUGGCUCUGUUCAAGAAGCUGCUCAGUGUAAAGCCUUCACUGGAGGAUAUGAUAGAAUUCAGCCCAUGUGUUGGAAAGAGUCUGCAGGACAUUCUUGAAGACUGCAACGAUGAUGAUGACCUAUACAUGGAUUUUUCAGUCAACUGGGAUGGGACAGAGGUUGAUCUUGAUCCUCAAGUUCCUGGAAAUCCAGUGACGAGUCGAAAUAAGAAGGAGUUUGUGGACGCCUACGUGAUUCAUGCAUUUAAUACAUCAGUGGAGGGUGUGUUUCAUGAGUUCAAGCGAGGCUUCUACCUGGUGUGUGACCGGGAUCUGGUCAAGCUGUUUCGGCCAGAGGAGCUGCAGGAAGUGCUGGUGGGCAAAGACUUCCGUGACUGGGCAAAGCUGAAACAGAGCACAAGUUAUGAGGGGGAGUACCACGUUGGCCACCCCACCAUACAGAUGUUUUGGGAGGUUUUUGAUGAACUAACUGAGGAUCAGAAGAAGGCUUUCCUUUGGUUUGUGACAGGUUUUGAAAGAGAGCCUAUUCUUGGCUUGGAAAAGAUCAAGAUGACAGUCAGAGUUGGACAAGUCCAGGACCUCUCCUAUGACCAGCACUACCCUGAGACACACACGUGUUUCUCAAUCCUGGAGCUGCCCUUAUACUCAACCAAGGAGAUCAUGCAAACCAAGCUGACAGAGGCGCUGAGAAAAAAUAGAAGAAUCUGCAAGUGAUGGCGGGACUGUACCCCGACUACUCACUGUAUCUGUACUGAACAGAGGAUGCAACAUUGUUAUUGAGCAUUUUGUAAAUGGCGGACCAAAGAGCAGCCUUUGUAGCUACUGCUAGUGUAUUAGCAAACAUGAAGGGUUUAAAAUACUUGAUGAUGAUGAAGUGUGUGGUGGAUGGAUAUGAACAAUUCAUAACUUCCUCAUAGUGAAAAUACUGGUAUAAAUAGUGUAUGUAUACUGCAUAUGUGGCAGAUAAAUCUUGAGUAAGUUAUUUAAUUAUAUUUCAUUUCAGUUUCCCCAGGGAGAAAAAAAAAAGUGUUGAUAUAUGUUGAUACCAAGUUGAACAAUACAAAAUAAUUGCAUACAGCAAACACUGACUGAUGUUUCAUUUAUCAAGUGAUUAUUCUUAAACUUUAAUGUAUGAAAAUAUUUGUUACAUGUAAAGGUUUUCAUGUUGGAGCAAUAAAAUACUAUUCUUCUGUA